AUGGAGUUUGACUUGCUAGAGUUAGAUGGAUGUGGGUAUGGCUUUCAUGAUGAUGCUGCCAAUGAGGCAGAUAUGAACAGCUCAGAUCAACGUCCUUCAAGUGGCACUGGUCCCAUUGGCCAGGCGAGUCGAGAUGGUAGUGUUCCUCUUCAAGUUCCUGGUGUUACCAGAACAUAUCAUCCUAAUAUCAAUGAUGACAUACCACCAAAUACUCCACCACCUCCACGUCCAUCAAAUCGUGGACCAGACAACUGGACACCGUAUGCUAAUCGAGUUGAUUUCGAAGUCGCAGACUUCCUCUACCGUCGCAACCAGAUGUUGGGGGGCGAUAUCGACUUUAUAUUCAAUCUGUGGGCCGCCUCAUUAGCGGCUCAUGGUGAAACACCCCCCUUCGCAAACCACGUUGAGAUGUACAAUGUCAUUGAUUCGACGCCUCUAGGUGACGUCGCCUGGCAGAGCUUUACUUCAGAAUAUAACGGUGCUCUACCUGAAGGUGACGUUCCGACAUGGAUGACCUCAGAGUAUGAUGUAUGGUUCCAAGAUCCUCAGAUCCUCGUGCACAACAUUCUCUCCAACCCAGACUUCCAAGGCGAAUUCGACUACGCUCCACUACAGGAGUAUGAUACCAGCAACGGAGCACAUCGCUUUCAGGACUUUAUGUCUGGUGAUUGGUGUUGGAAGCAGGCUGAUUUGAUUGCCGAGGAUCCCAAUACAAUUGGAUCUAUGUUUGUUCCAAUAAUCCUUGGCAGUGACAAGACUACGGUCUCCGUCGCUACCGGACACAAUCAAUACUGGCCAGUUUAUAUGUCGAUCGGCAACAUCCGCAACAAUGAGUCCGCCAAAGACGCACACUUUCGAAAAUUCCGCCGUCAGCUUCUCCACUCAUCGCUGGCAAAGAUGCUGGAAUCCCUUAAACCAGGUAUGACAACACCCGAGGUUGUACGCUCCCCCGAUGGUCAUUUUCGACGUGCGGUGUAUGGUCUUGGACCAUAUAUCGCUGAUUAUCCCGAGCAAGCAUUGCUCGCUUGCAUCGUUCAAAACUGGUGCCCAAAAUGUACUGCUCUGGCAGAUGGUCUUGACAAUGGUACCUAUGGUCGGCGUUCCCGCGACCAUACCGAAGUCUUGGUGGAGGAAUUCGAGUUAGGUGUGCUAUGGGAUGAAUAUGGACUUGUAGGAGACAUCGUGCCAUUCACCAACUAUUUCCCACGAGCUGACAUUCACGAACUCCUUUCCCUCGACAUUUUACAUCAGCUGAUAAAGGGUGCGUUUAAGGACCAUAUCGUCACCUGGGUCCACAAAUAUAUUAAGGCUCGGUACUCGGAAAAUGAGGCGAAUAAAAUAUUAGAUGAUAUUGAUCGCCACAUUGCUCUUGCUCCCUCAUUUGCGGGCCUUCGACGAUUCCCGGAGGGAAGGGGCUUCAAACAAUGGAUGGGAGAUGACUCCAAAGCACUUAUGAAGGUGUAUAUACCUGCGAUUGAAGGCCACGUACCUCCGGAGAUGGUGCUGACUUUGCAAGCCUUGAUUGAUUUUGUAUACAUUGCGCGGCGCAAUAUCAUUGACUCCAACAGCCUCAAUGUGUUGGAUGAUGCACUCGAGCGUUUCCACAGGUACCGCGAAAUAUUUGAAACAUCCGGUGUUCGCCCUAAUGGAUUCAACCUCCCUCGACAACACUCGCUUAUCCACUACCACAAAUUGAUCCGAUCAUUUGGCGCACCAAACAGACUCUGUUCUUCCAUCACGGAAUCUAAACAUAUCAAAGCUGUCAAGGAGCCGUGGCGACAGUCCAGUCAGUUUGAAGCCCUCAAUCAGAUGUUACUGACAAAUCAACGUCUAGAUAAGUUAGCGGCGUCUCGUAUCGACUUUGCUAGCCGCGGGAUGCUAAGAGGAACAUGUCUAUCAUAUAUCCUUGACAAACUCGGGCUAAACGCUCCAGUGCACAAUGCAGAAGCCAUUCAAGUCCGACUCGAGGACAAGCCUAUUGACAUUCCCCAUCUCGGACACAACAAUCAUGUGAAUGCCAACUUGGAGGCUGAUGCAGACCAAGAUGCUGAACUCGAGGGCGACGCUGUUGCUGGACCGACGGUGAUACUAGCUCAUGUGGACUUGGCGAAGAAAUCUGCAAAACGGAUCUACGCAGACCUCCUCGCAGAUCAAAUUAGUGAACCGGAACUCACCACUCAUAUUCAGCAAUUUUUACGUGACCAGCUCCAUCAUUCUGACUCCAACUUGAACUCAGAAGCCUCCGAGUCUGGCGCUGGCUCGUCCGGUGCCCUUCCCGAGCUAUAUGAAAAAAUGACUCUGUAUACAUCUGCCAUUGCCACCUUCUUCGCUCCAAGUGAUGUCUCAGGCAUCGGUGGUAUGUGCUACAAGCGAAUUUGUGCCGUGGAUACCUGGAGGAACGGCCCUGGUCGAUAUGACUGUGUUUUUGGCAUGCGUGGCUUCGAUAUUGCUCAAGUAAGGCUUUUCUUUUCAUUUAAACACAAUGGUGUACUUUACCCUUGUGCAUUUGUGCAUUGGUUCAAACAUGUGCACAACUCACGAGAUGAGAACACAGGAAUGUGGGUAGUAGAGCCUGAAACCUGCGAGGAUGGGACACGAUUUGCCUCUGUCAUUCACCUUGACUGCAUUUUUCGUGCGGCACACCUUAUGCCUGUAUUUGGGCAUGAAUUUGUACCUACUUAUCUCUCUUACACACAGACCCUUGAUGCUUUCCGCACUUACUACGUAAAUAAAUACAUUGACCAUCAGGCAUUUGAGAUUGCCUGGUGA